AUGGUGCUGCAAGUGCCUUGGUUGCCGGGCCCGGCGGCGCUGCAAGCGCCGGUGGCUGCGGAGCUCAGAGGCAAUGGCCGGCCUUGCAACCUCACAGGGUUUCAUGCGGCGAGCACAUCGCUUCGCCUGGGCUUAGGUGUGGGCCUGGGCUUGGUGCGAAGGGCGAAGGCGCGCUACGCGCCGCAGCCCAAGCUAGAUCCUGAGCUGAUGGGCCUCGCCAUGCUGAACCAGGAGAGCGAGGAUGAGGAGUUCCAGCCGGAGCCGACUGAAAGUCCCCGGGAUGACGAUGAUGAGUCCUGGGUCUUCUGGGACGAGCAGCGGAACCCCACGAUGGGCUCCGGCGGGUUGCCCCGGCAGAAGACGGCGGCGCCGCUGCCUGAGCCCCUGCCCUCGCUGACGCCUCCAGAGCCCGGUGCCGGGGAUGACACAGAGGAUCAGGAGCGGACCUUUCAGAAGGCCUACGGCGCCCAGCCGGUGAUCAUGGACACUGACGGCCGGCCUUUGAAGGUGCCGCAGUAUUCCAGCUUCGAGGAGGCGGUUCGGGAGUUUCAGUACCCUGCCUUCCUGCAGGCCGGGCUUGCACGGAAGGGCUUCUACUUCCUCACGCCGGUGCAGCAGUGUGCGCUGCCCCUCAUGCGAGGCCCAGGGGCCCAUGAGUUGGUUCUGAUGGGCUGCCACAACCCGCAGGUGUGA